GCCGAUCCGUGGCACAGUCAGGAUGGCAUUGCCCGCCUCGCAGAAGCUGGAGGAGAAGCUGGUGUGCUCCAUCUGCCUGGAGCUCUUCAGGGUGCCCGUCACCUUGCCCUGCGGCCACAACUUCUGCAAGCGCUGCAUCGGCGACCACUGGCACAAGCAAGAGCGGGAACCCCCCGGCUCCGAGAAGGGCUACACCUGCCCCGAGUGCCGCAGGAGUUUCCAGCAGUGCCCGGAGCUGGAGAAGAACGUCACCCUGUGCAGCGUGGCAGAGCUGCUGCGGGAGGGUGAGGCGCGGGGCUGGAGGGGCGAGACCGUGGGUGCGGGGCUGUGCCCGCAGCACGGGCGCCUGCUGGAGCUUUACUGCCGGGACGAGGGGCGGUGUGUCUGCUGUGUCUGCACCCUCCAGCACUGCCAGCGGCACCACAGGGUGCUCUUCGAGGAGGAACGUUCCAAAAAGCAGGCCCUUUUGAAGGAGUCCCUGGAAAAAGCCCAGGAGGAAUCAGAGAGGAUCACACGAGAGAUGCAGGAGCUGGAGGAGCGAACACACAGCAUUAAGGACUCCUCUGAGGGGCUCAGAUCAGUGAUUCUGAGUAAAUUCAGCCUCCUGAAGAAAGCCCUGGAGGAGUGCCAGCGGCAGACAGUAGACAGGAUCGAGCAGGAGCAGGCAGCUGUGCUGGGGAGCAUGGAGGACAACUGGAACCUCCUGAAGGACCACUUGGAUGUCCUCAGCCAGCACAGGGAUAGGGCUCAGCGCCUGCUGGAUUGCCCCGACGACAGGACCUUCCUCCAGGAAUUCCCCCUGCUCCCAUCUUCAGAGAGCCCAGCGGUGCCACUCCCCAGAGAGUUCAAUGGAGUCAGCGUGGUUGAGCCCAUCACUGAGAUCCUCACCAACAUCUCCAGGCUCCUGAUAGAGUAUCUGCCCAGCCCUGUGGCCCACAGAGCCCCUGACCCCGUUGCCCAAGACCCUGUGCAGCCCGAGGUGCCAGUGGUGAAAGUGGUGUCCCUUCUGCCUGAGUGCCAGCUCCGAGCUGAGCUUCUGAAGGACCACCGCAAUCUGACCUUCAAUCCCAAGACAGCCAACAAGUACCUGGAGCUGUCAAAAAACAACCAGAAAGCCAAGCACAGACGCAGUACCAUCUGCAGGCAGCAGGAGCAGGGACCUCGUUUCCAGCCCUGGCAGGUGCUGUGCACGCAGGACUUCGGCCAUGGCCACCACUACUGGGAGGUGAAGGUCUCCAGCCACUCCAUCAUCCUAGGGGUCACCUACCAUGGACUCCCCUGGGAGCAACAGCAGGGCCACAAGUUCAACAUCGGGCUGGACAGAGGCUCAUGGGGGCUGCAAGUGCGGCAGGAUUGCUACCUGGCUUGGCACAAUGGUCGGGCAGAGAAGAUCCAGGAGCGGCUCUAUAAGAACUUCGGGGUCAGCCUGAAUUACAGCAAGGGGCUCCUCUCCUUCUAUGGCCUUGGGGAGAGGAUGCAGCUCAUCUACUCCUUCCACAAUGUCUUCACAGAGCCUCUUUACCCUGUCUUUUGGCUGUGCGAGCGGCGAUCAGUGACGCUGUGCUGGAGGGACUGAGCUGGGGUCACUGCGCUGCUCCAUUAGCUGGGCUGGCAAGGUCUAGGCUGGUGCCACAGCUGAGCUGUCACAGACCCCAGGGCCAGGAUGGGAAGUGGGUUGUGGUUUGUGAACAAGAGCUGUUGAGGUACAGACAUGCAAAUUAAACCACUCUGGUUUACAUCUGCCAAA